AUGCGAUUGAGAGAAGAAGUGGAUUUGACUUCCUUUGAUGAGAGAGAGAAUAGAAAGACAAGUGUGUCCUGGAGCAGAAUUUACAUCGCCACUGAAUUCGUUACUCUGAGAUCAAUGAGAGAGCUCACUGAAGAUUGGUACUUUCUAACUGCUAAGACAACACUAGGAUGUUCAAGGCUAAACCUUAUCUUGGAAUUUUCAGUAAUAGACUCCUGUUUGUUAACAUUCAACAAUAUAAGCCAGUUGUCAAGAUUUUCCACUCCUUUUGGUGACCAAAAAGGACUCAGGAGUGCAAACAAACUGCCAAUUGCUUGA